AUGUUUACCGAAUAUAAUGAUCGUCAUUCAAACUUUGUUGUUCUUGUAAUUUGUUAUGAACACAAAGCAACUAUUAUUGAUGCUAAAAAAGCAACAAAAAACAAUAGUAGUAAUAGUGGUGUUGCCAAGAGUUUUAAUGAUAAAGCAACUAAUGGUAAAACUAAUAACAGUAAUGAAGUUAAAAUUGUUCGUAAAUGGAACGAAUUUAGAUUACCAUUAAACGAGAAUCAAGUAUUACAGUGGAGUCAAUUGCCAAAUAACAGUGAGUUGAAAUUCUACCACGUUCCAACAUUCAAGCAUUGCAUUGAGAAUGGUAUCAAUUUUGUGAAUUAUGAAAAUCACGUUAUCAAUGAUAGUCAGGUUUUAGGCAAGGAACAAUUGCAAAAGAAAGAUUGUUAUUUUGUUUUCACAUCAGAUAGUUACUCUAUAGACUUUGAUCCUAAAAAGGAAGAGUUAAAAACUAAACUGAUAUCUAAUUUUUGUGAUCUAUUUGAAAUUGAUACCGAUACCAGUUUAUUCUAUCUAGAAGCUUCUGAUUACGAUAUUAAUUUAGCAGUUAAAAAUUACUGUGCAUCACAAAGAAGCAAAUCAUUGGAAGAUUUGUUUUUACUCCAUUCCAAGAAUGGUAAAGCUGACCUGAUAUCACUCUUAUUGAAUGUAGAGUUUGAUAAGACGUGUAAAAACAACAUAGGCAUGACUGCAUUGCAUUUGGCUGUCAGGUACGAGCAUUUGGACUGUGUCAAAUUAUUAUUACAAUCCAAACUCAAGAAUCAAUUGAAUGAGAAAGAUGGUAUAGCAAACCUUCCAAUUCAUUUAGCAAGUAUGGGAAAUAGUGUACCAAUAUUUGAAUUAUUGCUAAAGGAAACAAGAGAUAUAACUCUUAAAAACAUGGAAAAAGAAACAAUUCUACAUACACUCUGUAAAGGGCAAGCUAACGUAGAAAUUUUUGAUUUAUUAUUUGCAAAGAUUUGUGAACAUUUUGAUGAAGACUUUACAAAAUAUUCUAAAUUUUUCAAUUUGUUGAAUGAUGACGGUGAAUCUGCUGUCCUCAUUGCAGUUAGAAAAAAUCAUUUCCAUCUCGUCCAACAUAUUGUGAAUUCUCAAUUAUUUUCUUCCUUGUUUAAUUUUAAUUUAAAGAACAAACUUAGCCAAUCAAUCCUUGUUGUGGCUUGCAAGGAAGAUUCUGUACAAACUUUGCAAAUCUUAUUACCAGUUUAUAACCAAAUGAUUAUGGAAAGAGAUGAAAGAAGUUUCACUCCUCUUCACUAUGCUACAUUAUUUAAUAGCUUAGCAGCUUCUAGUUUGUUACUACAAUAUUUGGAUAUUCAACAGUAUGAUACUGUUUUGUUUCAUGGUACUAUUACUCCAUUACAAUAUGCAGUUUCUCAGAAUAAUAUUGAACUCUUAAGACUCCAUUUGAAUUAUCUUACUAACAAUAACAGUUUGAGCACAAAUAGCAAUCUUAACAAUUCCUUGAAUCACGCAUUAUUUUUGUGUAUUAAACAACACAGAAGUAUUGAAUUAGUUAAAGAAAUUUUACAAUACCAAGUAGAUAUUAAUCAGAAUAUGGAAGGUCCUUAUGAAUACAUUAUUCCUGAAACAACAACUCCUAAAUUUCCAUUGGUGGAUUGUGUUCUGAAUGAUAGCAAAACAAUUUUCAAAUUUUUGAUCAGACAACCAAACAUUAAUGUAAAUCAGCAAUCAAAGGAAACAGGUAUGACAUGUUUGCAAUAUGCAAUCAUCAAACACUAUUUGAAGCCAACAGAACACUCUAAAUACUUUAUUAUGAAAUUAAUCAAAAAAACUAAUCUGAGUAUUCAAGAUCAUUUCCUACGCACUGCAUUGCAUUUAAGUAAAUUGUGCGAAUUCAAAGAUAUUUCAGAGUCCAUUGAAGCACUCAAUGAAUCGAGAUAUAUCAAAGAUUUGAACGACAUACCAUGUAAAGAUUAUACAAAGGAGAGCAGUUUUGCAAGUAAUUUACUUUUUGAAAAAUACUGCAAGUAUGUUACUCAGAUGCAAGCUCACGCCGUAAAUUACAAACUCUUCCAUGGCGUUUAUUUACAGCAUGAAAUUUUGAACUUUUUGUACAAUGCCAAGUUGAGUGUAAAUGAUUUACAAUCAAUUUACAAAAGAAUUUCAUAUUUCCAAAAGUAUUUACCUUCUGUACAUUUUAUCAAACAUAUCAAUCUCCCAAUAUUCCCACAAUUAUUGAAUUUCAAGUAUGAAAACAAUAACUUACAUCUUGUUUAUUCUUCCAAUACUCUUUUCGAACAAACAAGUAGUUGCAGAUUUUAUUUAGACAACAAUUUAUUAACACAUCCUAUACAUCAAUUUAGUACCAUGUUGAAAAUUAUUUCCUCAAUUUAUGUUUUGCACUAUUCAAAUAUUACACAUGGUAACAUCAAACCUAACUCAUUCAGAUUUGUUAAUGAUACGAAAUUGCUAUAUGUUUAUGAUUAUGGGCUAUUGUUCAACCAAUUAGAUGAAAAACAAUCUUCUCCUGAGAUUAAAGCAUGCAAGAACAAUUCCAAUGGCUCUAUCAAUGAUAUUCUUUCUAAAAAGAGUAACGAUAUUUUCAACCUGGGACACGUACUUCAUGAAGUUUUGUUUGGAAGCAAAUAUGGAGAAAAAGACUUUUCAGUUACAUCAAUUGUACAGCAAUUAUAUUCAACAAUAAUGGCAUGCUUUACAGAUAAUGAAGAAUUCAGACCAGACAUCAAAGAGUUAUAUGAUGCCAUCAGGACAACUAUUCAUACUCUUAUUGGUAUGCUUAAAGAAUCAGCCUCAAAACAAGAUCCAGCAAAAAUACUUGAAAUGGAGCUAAAAUUGGUUGAUGUAAUGAUAAGCAGAUAUGGCUAUAAUGACCAUACCAAACCUCAUGAAAUGAAUGCAACACAAAAUAUUGGCAAGUGUAUCUCUAAGAUUAAUGAGUUAGUUAAAACAGAGCAAUUAAGUAUUCUAAAUGUUUUCAACCAAAUGCCAGAACAUUUAGAUAAUAAUACUAUCAAACAAUUAUUUAGUACUAUUCACUAUUUAAUUCAAGUAUUGAAUGAUAAGUUUAAAGCAGCAGCAUUCGAUUUAUUGAGAGUAUUAUUACUCAAAAAAGAAUGUGUAGAAUAUUUAUUAACUCAUCACGAAAAUCUAACACUUGUAGAUAUUUUGGAUAGAAUGAAGAAUGUUAAUAACGUAGAUGGUUUCACAUUAACCUUGAUCUCGAGUUGUCUAGCACACUGCUUGAUUCAUCCUAUUGGUUUGAACUACUUUACAAAUCAUUUAGACAAACACAAUUUAAUUUCCCAUUCAUUGAAAAGUCAGAAACCAGUCAACGUAAUACUCGUUCCUUAUUGGAAAAUUGUGUAG